AUGUAUCAAAAAGUAGAUUUAGUAACCUGUUAUGUUGGUAUCAAAAAAGUUAAUUGUAGACUAGGGCCUGGAUGGGAAUUUUCUAUGUGCUCAGAUAAAACAAUUAAUCGACUUGGAUUUAAAAUUGAUAGACCAAUAAGCUCAGAAGAUAGAGAAAUGAAAUUUUUCAGAGAAAUGUCAACAACACCUAUUGGAUGGUCCAAGGUUUCUCUUGAUUUUAAAUUAGAUAAAAAGCAUAAACCAAUUAUUAUUACUAAUACCGAAAUUUUGGUUGUAAAACAUCAUCAUAAUAUGGAUGAUGAAAUCUUACUUGGUUCUCCUUGGUUUAUGGGGCGAUCUUUGGAUGAUGAAGAACUUCAAAUCUAUACCGCUAGAAUUGUUAUCGAUAUGGAUAUAAAAAUAAGUGGUUUCGUGUUCCUCUAA